UCCUGACUUUCCGCUGAUUUCCUUUUUAUUGUUGUUACUAGUUACUAUUAUUAUUUAUUAUUAUACUUAAUGAUGGUGAUGAUGAUGAUGAUAAUGACACUGAUGAUUUUUAACCGGAUUAAAAUCGAGUUUUUCUGAAUGUUCAUAAGAAUUUCUCCGGCCUCCUGAUUGACUUUGGAGUUUUGCAUCUUGGGAGAGAAAGUGAAGGCAUUAGCAUUUUUAAGUGGAUUGAUCACAUAAACCUUUUCUCUCCCAACCCCCCCCUCCCCCCCACCCUCAUCCCCUUCCCCACGCUCGAAAGAAUUUUACUGGCUGUUAAGUCUGUGACCUUAUUUUUCCUGAUCUUUAACUUAACUGUUUUAGAGCAUCUCUGGACGUCGUCUGUAUUUUUAAUUUUUUUAUUUUUGUUUUUUUUAUUUUUAAUCUUUCAUUUGUAAAAUUUUUAAACUGUGCUGCAAUAAAAUGUGUGUGGUACUACUUAACACCUAAGUUGGUGAUGGCAUUUUCCCAGAAAGCCAUCUCCCUCCUGUUUCCCUUGAAAUCCCAUCCUGCUUUUCCUGUACACUACCCCUCACAAACCACAAGCUGCAGCAACAUGGAUGCCCAGCCUGGAGCAGCAGCAGCCAGGAUGACCUGGAGCCAGGGGGGCCUUCGGAACAGAUGCACACCCUUCCUGGGUGAUGGUAAGAGUUUUUCAGCUUUGUGAGGCACCUUACCAUCAAAGACAAUGGCCAGCAAUGUUACCAACAAGACGGAUCCUCGCUCCAUGAACUCUCGUGUAUUCAUUGGGAAUCUCAAUACUCUUGUGGUCAAGAAAUCUGAUGUGGAGGCAAUCUUCUCGAAAUAUGGCAAAAUCGUGGGUUGCUCUGUUCAUAAGGGUUUUGCCUUCGUUCAGUAUGUUAAUGAGAGAAAUGCCCGGGCUGCUGUGGCAGGAGAGGAUGGCAGAAUGAUUGCUGGCCAGGUUUUAGAUAUUAAUCUGGCCGCAGAGCCAAAAGUGAACCGAGGAAAAGCAGGUGUGAAACGAUCUGCAGCGGAGAUGUACGGGUCAGUACCAGAACACCCUUCUCCGUCCCCUCUACUCAGCUCCUCUUUUGACUUGGACUAUGACUUUCAACGGGAUUAUUAUGACAGGAUGUACAGUUACCCAGCACGUGUUCCUCCUCCUCCUCCUAUUGCUCGGGCUGUAGUGCCCUCAAAACGCCAGCGUGUAUCAGGAAACACCUCACGAAGGGGCAAAAGUGGCUUCAAUUCUAAGAGUGGACAGCGGGGAUCUUCUUCUAAGUCUGGAAAGUUGAAAGGAGAUGACCUUCAGACCAUUAAGAAGGAGUUGACCCAGAUAAAACAAAAAGUGGAUUCUCUACUGGAAAGCCUGGAAAAAAUCGAAAAGGAACAGAGCAAACAAGGAGUAGAGAUGAAGAAUGAUAAGUCAGAAGAGGAGCAGAGCAGCAGCUCCCUGAAGAAAGAUGAGACUAAUGUGAAGAUGGAGUCUGAGGGGGGUGCAGAUGACUCUGCUGAGGAGGGGGACCUACUGGAUGAUGAUGAUAAUGAAGAUCGGGGGGAUGACCAGCUGGAGUUGAUCAAGGAUGAUGAAAAAGAGGCUGAGGAAGGAGAGGAUGACAGAGACAGCGCCAAUGGCGAGGAUGACUCUUAAGCACAUAGUGGGGUUUAGAAAUCUUGUCCCAUUAUUUCUUUACCUAGGCGCUUGUCUAAGAUCAAAAUUUUCACCAGAUCCUCUCCCCUAGUAUCUUCAGCACAUGCUCACUUGUUGUCCCCAUCCUUGUCCUUCCCAUGUUCAUUAAUUCAUAUUGCCCUGCGCCUAGUCCCGUUUUCACUUCCUUUGAUGCUCCUAGUAGUUAUGUUAAGUCUUACCCUGUAAUUUUUGCUUUUAAUUUUGAUACCUCUUUAUGACUUAACAAUAAAAAGGAUGUAUGGUUUUUAUCAA